ACAGCACCCACUGACGAGACUACAGAUAACAGUACAUCUGCCGAAUCUAAUCUUACCCAGCAAUCUUCCGCAGGUAUCACUACAAAUACAGCUUUACAAGAAACCACUUCCACUACUCAGCCGAGCACCGAGAACACUGUCACUGAAGCACCAACUACCACUCCAUCUCCUGUUCCUGUACCAAACGCAGAGAUUAACACCAACGUCGGUUCCACUGUAACGAACAAGGCUAAUGUUGACAGCAGCAGUAUCAGUUCUGUGUGGAUGCGUACUGCAGCACCGGUACUGACUGUGGUUGUGAUGUUCUCCGCUACCGUGUACUGA